AUGCCGAAGAGUAAGAAGCGGACCACUGCCCACCGCGGCGGCGGCAGCGGUGGUGGCGGCGGCGGCUCCGGGGCAGAUGCAGGGACGGCGACGACGGCAGGUGGCCAGCAUCGGAAUAUUCAACCAUUCAGUGACGAGGAUGCAUCGAUUGAAACGAUGAGCCACUGCAGUGGUUACAGUGAUCCUUCCAGUUUUGCUGAAGAUGGACCAGAAGUCCUGGACGAGGAAGGGACACAAGAAGACUUGGAGUACAAGCUGAAGGGGUUUAUUGACCUGACCCUGGAUAAGAGCGCCAAGACCAGGCAGGCGGCCCUGGAGGGCCUGCGGAGCGCCCUGGCUUCCAAGCUGCUCUCCGAGUUCCUCCUGGAAAGAAGGAUGACCCUGACCGACAGCAUCGAGCGCUGCCUGAAGAAAGGCAAGAGCGAUGAGCAGCGCGCGGCCGCGGCCCUGGCGUCUGUCCUCUGCGUGCAGCUGGGCCCCGGCAUCGAAAGCGAAGAGGUUCUGAAGACCCUGGGGCCCGUCCUGAAGAAGAUCAUUUGUGACGGAGCAGCCAGCGCCCAGGCGCGGCAGACGUGUGCCACAUGCUUCGGCGUUUGCUGUUUCAUCGCCACGGACGACAUCACGGAGCUGUACGCGGCCCUGGACUGCCUGGAGGGCCUCUUCUCCAGGGCCGGCCUCAAGGACAAGGACGCGCCGGGCGGCGGGCUCCCGGUCAGCGCGCUCCUGGCCUGGGCGCUGCUGCUCACCACCUGCCCCGCCUGCGAGCUGAGGAAGCGGCUGGAGACGCAUUUCCACAAGCUCCCGAGCCUCCUGUCUGCGGACGACGUGAACAUGCGGAUCGCGGCCGGCGAGACCUUGGCGCUGCUGUUGGAACUGGCCCAGGGCCUGGACAGCGACUUCCUGUUCGAGGACAUGGAGUCUCUGACCGAGAUGCUCAGGGCCUUGGCCACCGACGGCAACAAGCACCGGGCCAAAGCGGACAAGCGGAAGCAGCGGUCGGUGUUCCGGGACGUGCUGCGGGCCGUGGAGGAUCGGGAUUUCCCCACAGAGACGGUGAAGUUUGGUCCUGAGCGCAUGUACAUCGACUGCUGGGUCAAAAAGCACACCUACGACACGUUCAAGGAGGUGCUGGGCUCCGGCAUGCAGUACCACCUGCAGUCGAACGAGUUCCUCCGCCACGUGUUUGAGCUGGGACCCCCGGUGAUGCUGGAUGCGGCCACGCUGAAGACGAUGAAGAUCUCCCGGUUUGAGAGGCAUUUAUACAAUUCUGCAGCCUUCAAAGCGCGAACGAAAGCUCGGAGCAAGUGUCGCGACAAGAGAGCGGAUGUGGGGGAGUUCUAG